GUACAUUUAUGGUUUUUUUAAGUACUUAAUUAUUAUUUAGUACCUAUGCAUGGUUAUAACAUAGUCUAAUUUUUAUAAUUUGUUCAUUAAAAUAAAAAAUACAAUACUUAAUUUAAAAUCAUGAGCAAUACUGAUACAUAUUUUAAUAAUGCCCUUAAAAUAGUUAUGGAGGCAGGUGAAGUAAGUAUGUUUAGUUUUAAAAUUUAAAAAUAUAAUUUUUAAAAAAAAUUUAUAAUAUAUUUUUUUUUAGAUUUUAUUAAAAGGGUUUAAAAGCCCAAAAGAUGUAAUGACAAAACAAGCCUAUUAUGACUUAGUAACACAAUAUGAUAUACUUGUAGAAAAAACCAUAAUUGACAAUCUAUUACAAUUAUACCCAAAUCAUAAGUAAUUAAAAAAAUCUAAAAAUAUGGUUUACAUAAUAUUAAAUAAAAAAAAUUGUAAAGAUUUAUUGCAGAGGAAAGUCAAGCAGAUGCAGUGUUAACAAAUGAACCAACAUGGAUAUUAGAUCCAAUUGAUGGAACCACUAAUUUUGUACAAGGUUUUCCAUUUUGUUGUAUUUCACUAGCAUUGGUUGUAGAAAAUGAUAUAAUAAUAGGAAUAGUUUAUAAUCCAAUAACAAAUCAGUUAUUCACAGCUCAGAAAGGCAAAGGAGCUUACUUGAAUAAUGAACGAAUACAUGUUUCAGAUACUGAAGGUAAUUAAUUAAAUGAGACGCAUAAUAUUAUUAUUAAUAUUAAGAGAUUACAGAUAGGAAUUAUAUAAUAUAAUAGGUAUAACAGUAAUAUUUUUGGAAAUUGCACAAAAUCGUAAUAAAGAAUUUGCAAAUAACCUUGCAUUGAAAUAAAUAAUUACAAAAAUUAAGUUCAAGGUUGUUUUGUGAUUCAUUUUGCUCAAAUACUUUCAAAAAAAUUUAAAUUUGUCAUUUAUCCAAUAAACUAUAUGCCAUUUAAUAAUUGUCACAGUAAUUUCCAUCAAAAGUAGUAAUUCAAUUUAUUUAAACCGUAAAACUAUUUUCUUGAAGUCUAAAAUUAAAAAAAAAAAGUACAUAAAUAUAUAUAUAUAUUUAUGUAAAUUGUUAAGCUUGUUAUACUUUUUAUUCUAUUUCUUAAAUUUAAAAUGAUUUCAUAAUUUUAUUUUCAGAUAUUAAAGAUGCCAUGUUUGGAUUUGAUGUUAUUUCCAUAAAGGAAAAUAAGAAUUAUUUUAUGAAACAUAUUGAUAUCAUAAUAGACAACUUCCGUGGGUAAGUGUAUUGCAUAAUACAUUUUUAAACUAUAAUUAAGUACCUUGCAUGUAAUAUGUUUAUAUUGAAAAUGUAAAAUUUGUACAAUGCCUAGGGAGGGGGGAGGGGUGGAAGUGGCGUGGCUGCACAAUUUAGGUAUUUUGAAUAUCACUUCAUCUAUAAAUAAUCAGAAUAAUAUUGUCCCAAUAGUAAGCAAAUUUCAAUCCAUAUGGCAUGUGGUUUUUUUAUGACACAGGUUUUUAUCGACAAAAAUCAAGAUGGUAUCAAUUAUACAUGGCUAAUAAAAAUACUAAUUAAUAAAAUGUUGUUUGUACCUAAGUAUAUACAUUAUAUACCUAAGAUACCUACUCAUUUUGUGUCUAAUAAAAAAUACAAAUAAAUUUGAUUUUAUUAGUUUAUAGGUGUAAAAAUUUAGAUUUCUAACAAGACCUUAAAGUUUAUGAAAUUUAUUAAAAUAAAUAAGUUUGUUAGAAAAUAAAAUAUAUAAAUAUAUAUGGAGCACCGCAAAAUUCAGUAUUGGGCCUCAAAAUUUAUCGGACAUGCACUGAAUGUGUAUGUAUUAUUACAGCCAUCUAGAAUUGGGUAAAAGUAUAUGUAUUUUCUACAAUUUAAAACAUAUGUUAUUUUAUAAUUGUUUAUACAAAUUAUUUUUUCCCUAUACAAAUGUAGUCAAAUUUGUUGACUUCAAGCCAUCAAAGUUGUGCAUUUCUAUUUUUUUUUGAAAAAUUAAUAAAAAAAUCACAUUUUCUUAAUCAAAUUUAGAUGGUUUUUCUGUAUUCCAAGUAAGUUUGGGAAAAAAAAAAUUGUUGCAUCUAAAAUAAUAAUUUGUACUGUGUUAUGUGAUACGUUAUCACAUUAAUUUUCAAGUCAUCCCGCUGAAAUAUUUAGUGUUACUUAAUAACCUAAUCAUACUAUAUACCUAUUAUAUAAUACUGUCUUAAAUUUGAAAAUAUAUUUUAUAGAUCAAGAUCUUUAGGAUCUGCGGCAAUAACUUUAUGUUAUUUAGCAAUGGGAGCCAUGGAUAUAUGUUCUUUUCAAUAUUUGAAAUGUUGGGAUGUAGUAGCAGGAAUUUUGAUUAUCCAAGAAGCUGGAGGCAUCAUACUUGAUUCAAAAGGUAAAAAUAUACAUGUAUAAAAUAUAGAUAAAAUUAUUUAACUACAUAAAAAUAUUAAUAUUUUUAGGAAGCAAUUACAAAGAUAUAAUGAAUGCAGACAUAAUCGCUGUUAGUAAAAGGAAAUUAGCUGAAGAUUUUUUGAAAUUGAAAAAUAACUAUAGUAAUAAACAAUAAAAAAGGAACUAAUCAAAUAUUAAUUAAAAUAAAUAUAUUAAAAAUAAAUUUGCAGUAAUUUAAUAAUGAUGAAAGUAAUACACAAAAGGAUUGUUGAAAACUCAUGUAUCAAAUAAAUAAAUAUAAAAAGAAACUACAAAAACAUGUUUAUAUAAAUCACUAAGUAAAGAAUAGGUAUAGAAUAUUGUAAUAAAACAUAUUAUGAAUAGUUUUAAGAAAAGAAUUUGUAAUAAAUUUAAUAAUAAACAAAUAUUCUAUAAGAUUAUUUAUAUUGUAGUAUCUAGUUUUGUAGAGAAUUUCAAUGAGAGGCUACAACUUAGAUUGGUCAGUUAGGAAGACUGAAUAGACUAUGUAAAAGAAAAUAUGAGAAAAUGGAAAUAUGGAGAUCAAGAUAUAACAUGCAUAAUAUGUGGAAAAGAGCAGACAAUGUCGCAUCUACUAGUAUGCCCACUAGGGCCAAGUCCAUGUACACAAGAGAAUUUCAUGAUAAGCAACUAGAAGGCGGUAAAUCCGGCUCAAUACUGGGCCAAACAAAAUAUAUAAUAUACAUUACUAUACACUAUACCAUUAAAUAUUAUUGUGUUAUUUGUUAUUCAUAUUUUAAUUAUUUAUUUUACUCCAUGUUAGUUUAGUUUUGUCAUAUAAAUUACAUGUUUAUCUUAUUUUAAAUAUAUGUUGCCUGACACGAAAAAAAAAAAAUUGUAGUAUCUGUAAACUAUAUUUUUAUUCUGAGUGUAG